CAGAGAAAAUAGCACUUGUACUCAUAUUUUGCCCAAGCAAUGCUGCUGCUCGACGGAGAGACCCUGGUACACACGUCGCCCACGUCAUGCAGCAAGGACGACGGCACGCUCUACUAUACAAACAGGCGCAUUCUGUGGAUAAAGCAUGGCGCGCAGACUCCGAGCAUUGUUAUUCAGCAUGAGGACUUUCGCCUGCAACAGGUCAGCAAGGCUGAUGCGAAAAAGGUCAUGCUUCGAAUCUCGGUGAUGGGCCCCGGCCAGGCCCCGUCGGACGCGCCGGCACUGACAUACACUUUUGCGUGGAAAAACGCAAACAAGGAGGAGGCGCUGGCAGACCGUGACAAGUACGUGAAUGAGCUGUACAAAAUUACGCCGCGCAAAAACGCCGGCGGUGAUGCCGCUCCAACAGGAACCAGUGGCACCGCCGCGCCAUCAGCAGCAGCCGUGCCGAAUGGCUCUGGGAAGGGCGCGGCCACGAUGAGCUCGCUGCACCCAGAAUUUGCAAAGGUGAAGAUUGGCACGGAUCCAGCAUCGGCAGAGGACAUCAAGCUGCGGCAGGAUGUGCUGUCCAAGAAUGCAGAUCUGGCCAAGCUGCACAGGGCACUGGUCGUGUCGGGUCUGGUCUCGGAGGAGGAGUUCUGGAGCACCCGCAAGCAUAUUCUGGAGACGCAGGCAGUGCAGAGCCAGCUACGGAAGGGCGACUCGUCGACAUGGCUCGAUCUCGCACCAACAACGCAGGAUGGGGGCAACUUCAAAUACACGAUCACGCCCAAUAUCGCCAAGCGCAUCUUUAAGGAAUACCCACAGGUCAAGCGUGCAUAUAUCGAUAACGUGCCGCACAAGAUUGGCGAGAAGCAGUUCUGGAAGCGGUUUCUCGCAUCGCGCUUCUUCAACCGCAACCGAUCAACGUCAGCCAUGAAGGGCAACCCGGACUCGAUUUUUGACGUGUGCCUGCGUGACGAAGACAGCAUGCUGGGAGACCCCGACCGAUUUAGCUCGCAGUUCAUCAUGCGGCUGCUAGAUCUGUCGCGCACGGAGGAAGACAGUGUCGAGACAGGCAAUAUGCCUGACUUCACUAUGCGUCCCGGGCGGUUCAGCGAAAGCCUGUCACUGAUUAGACGGUUCAACCACCACUCAGAACUUGUGCUGCAAUCGGCAAUUGGAACCAAGCGCAAGGAGCUCUCGGUAUCCUCUGCCACUGUCGACAGAGAGUUGGGCCGUGCAACCAUGCUGCCGGAUCUCGAGCAGCCACGAGCUGAGAAGCGUGUUAAACUCAAUAUCCAGGACCAGUCGCGCUAUCUCACCAGCCUGGUCAAGGGUGACGUGACGAUGAGAUCAAGCGACGAAGAUAUGCUGCAGCAGCGGUCGACAUUCUCGAUAAACUUUGAUCUGUCCCACCCACUCUCGGACUGUGGCAACACACAGCGCACUAUGGCCGCGCUCACUGGGUCGGUACGGCGGGUAGCAUUCAAGAGCCGGCCCAACCGCAUCAAGGAGUUGAACAUCCCGCCAUCACUAAGCAAGGCGGUGGAAGAGUGCUAUGGUGCAGGCACAGAGAUGCUGCGCCAUCUGUGGGCCAUAAUGCGACUGCCAAUGACGCCGGAGAAGCGGCAGAAGGCAGACAAGAUUACUGCCGCGUUUGACAAUGUCCACAAGCAUAUCCGUAGCACAAUCACCAUGGCCAACUCUGCCGAGAGCAAGAAUGCAAAUCUGGGCAGCACCAUUGAGCAGAUGGUGCAGCCGGUGAUUGAUUCGCUGAAUGCAGGGAAGAAGGAAUAUGAGCGACGGGUCCACGGUGUCAAUGCGUCAUCAUAGCAUCUUCAGUUGUCAGAAUGGUCCUACUAUGAAUCAAACAGCCAUAUGAACCAGCAACUGACCCUGGGUCAUGCUUCAUACAGAAUGCUGGCCUUCCCUCUAUCCUGUGCGGUGCAGCAUCAGGCUCGCAAUCACCGCUUCUUUGGUAAUCACCAGCGAGCCAGACACAAAACACACAUGCACACAUAAAUGCACCUUCCUUUCUAU